CGUAGCCGAGUUUUUUAACAGUACAUGAACUGUAUGUUUUUCAAGUGUACGCUUCGUGCGCGGCGCGUCCGAUUAUCAGUUUUGUUAUCAUUGUAUAAUUGUUUAAAAUUAAUUAGUUACAAUGAUCGAAUUAGCGUUUUUCUUCCACUAUAUUUCGGAUAUUGUGCUUAAUCAGGUAAACUCUCAGCAAUACCUGCGUAAAGCCUGCGUUAUUGACAAUAAAACGACCGGAGAUUCUUUCUUAAAAUGCUAUACCCAGCAACAAGGAUUUGUAUCAUUUGUCUGGCCAGUCACAGGUUCUAUUUAUCGUUGGGCUAUGCUAUUUCUGUGCGUAUUUUAUGUAUCAUUAGCCGCAUCUUGGAGCGACACAUCCGGUCGGCGUCGAAGACCGCUCAUCUUCAUAGCGAUUUUCGGACAAAUCAUGCUGUCAUUCAGUGGCUUCAUGAAUCAUUCUUUCAAAACGAGUAUGAUAGUUACUUUCAUUUCUAAUUCGAUUUUCGAAUUCAUUGGAGGAAUAAAUAUGAUGUUCGUUGUGGCACAGAUUUACAUCUGCGAAACGGCCGCUGUAGAAAAUCGUACCAUGAGAUUGGGGCUAUUAUGGGUAGUCAGAAUUGUAUGCCAGAUAAUUGGCUAUGGAAUCGCAAGUAACAUUAUAAACAAUGUUGGAUUUCUCAUGGCGUAUAUGAUUUGUCUUGGACUGUCAAUUAUUGCGGGGGUGAUAGCUGCAUUUCGAGUGUACGAUAAAUUUGUCGUUCCGGAGGACUCGGAGGAGAAACAGAGUUUUUCGCAAUUGUUCGAUGUGACCCGAAUUGCCCACAGUUUCAAAUUGGUGUUUAAACAAAGCCUAGGGAGAAAACGACUGCUUGUUGUAUUGCUAUUGAUAGCAUACGUUUUGGUGUAUUGUGUUUACGAAGGCGAUAAUGGAACUGCUUCUUACAUUAUUAAUUCCCUACUGGAAUCGCUCGCGGGUACCAUUCUACACAGGUCUUCUCUUGAAUUCGCUAAAAAUGUUGCAAUUAUUUUCUGUACCCUGUUUUGCUGUGUUAUCCUGAGUAAAUGUUUGAAAGUCCGUGAUGUUUCGAUCGGAAUGUUUGCCGGCAUCUGUAAUCUCAUCGGAGUCAUUUUAUAUUUCUUUGUCGGGCAGACAUUGCACCUUUAUAUUGAUACGAUGUUGAAUGCUUUUCAUGGUGUGAUAUUAUUCACCAGUGUUUCUUACAUGAGCAAAUUUUUCGACGGUAAAGAAUUUGGAAGGUUGUUUGGUGUGCUGAAUAUCUUCUUUUGCUUUGUUCUAAUCAACGCAUGGGCGUAUGGAAUCCUUUUUGCAAAAAAUAUCGACAGCUAUUCGCCAGCUGCAUAUUACUUAUGUAGGGUUUUCUUGAAUAUUGCAGUUUUGGUGUUAUACUGCAUUUCGUUCUUUUAUUGGCAAUUGGUGAGUGAUCCUGAAUUGUGACUGUGAAGAUUCUCAACUUGUGAAAAUUUAUUUAUAUUUUGUACGUACAUUAAAAUACUUUCUUUUAUUCGCUCAAAAAUAAUAUUUUGCAUUUACCUAUAUUUAGUUUAAAUGUGUGUUUAUAUGUACUUAUUUGUCUGCCUAGGAAUUUAGGUACAGUCAAACCUGGAUAAGUGGAAUCGCAAGGGAAACGGAUUUUUUCCCACUUACAUAGGUUUUCCACUAAAGUAGGUUUCACUUAUAGAGGUUGAACAAAUUGGAAUUCCAGUUAUGGAGGGUUUCGUUUCCCUACCACUUCCCCAUCUAAAUCUAUGUUAAAGUCUUAUAUAAGUGGAAUUGUAUUCUGAGUAGCAGGACCUCUGGAACUGAAAUGUUGCUUUCGUUUUACCUCUAUAAGUGAAAUUCCCCUCCUUCUUACCUCGUUAACUGGAACGAAUUCCACUUCUGGAGGUGCUGUUAUGAUAAAUGUUUCAGUUAUAGAGGUAAGAAGGAAAAGAAUUUCACUUAUAGAGGUAAAACGAAAGCAACAUUUCAGUUCCAGAAGUUCUGCUACUCAAAACAAAAUUCCACUUACAUAGGUUCUGUUUCCAUUUAAAGAGGUGACUUUAACAUGGGUUUACAUAGGGAAGUGCUAGGGAAACGAGUUUUAUUCCACUUAUAGAGGUUUUCCACUUACAUGGGUUCCACUUAUCCAAGUUUGACUGUACCUAUAAGGUCAUACUUACCUAUUUUAUUUUUUUACAAUUUUGUUUUUUUUUUACGAAUAGCUAUAAAAUUAAUUAAUCUGGAUAACUAAA